GAUGGGAAAGUGGUGGUGUCAGAGAGCCAGGAAGGGUGUGCCUGGCGGAGGCAGGAAGAAACAAGCGGAGAUUCAGCUGCAGCGGGCGAGCGGGUGAGUGAGAAGGGGGCGCCGAUUUGCAAAGCGGGUGCGUGGCUGGCAAGAACCCACGCGCUCCCUCGUGCAUUGCGAUCUCGCAUGCGCCCUUUGCAAUCUUUUUUUCUCUUUUUAAAGCAUGCAUAUAUAUCUGUUAAAACGGCCCUGGCCCUGCUGGCCUUGUUGUUGUUGUUUUCUUUGGAGACCACCUCCUGCUGGCCUCCCCACCCCACCCCCGUCCUGCACAUCGCGCCUCAAUCCGCUAGUCCUCAUCGCGCUUUAGGAAAGCUUCAAAAGCCCCCCGGCGCAAUGGGCAGCAGCAAUCCGAAUAAUUACACCUUUUCAAGGGAAAUAAAUAACACAGCCGCGCCCGGAGCGAAUGCGCAGCCCGAGGCGACCUUUGGAAGCAUUUACUGAAAAAGUGUGGUCUGUUUUUUUGGAAGCGGGGAAAUUCUGGGAUCCUUGUAUGUAGCAUGGAUUGAGAAGCUGUCAAAGGCUGCUGGGUGUGCCUUUGUUUGUAUGGGUUUGUGUAUGUGGCUCUCCUGUAAUGCGUUGUGUAGGUGGGGCUGCCUGGAAACUGGAUCAAAGGACAGCUGUGCUGAUUCCACUGUCUGAUCCAGUUCAGCACAAUUCAAGGUGCUGGUGCUUCCCGCGCAUAUAGUUGCAUCGCAAGGGGGGUGGGAUAGAUGACCCCGGAGGUCCCUUCCACCUCUGCCGUCCUAAAAUUCUGUUAUUCCUUUCAAAGCCCUACAGGGCAGGUGUGUGCGGCCGUAGGGUAUUGCCGCUUCCAUCAUCCCUGACCCCAUGACCCAUACGGGCAGGCCCAGCAGUGUCAGGUUCCCCAUAGCAGCCAUAAUAAUAUAAUAUUAUCAUUUAUACCUCGCCCAUCUGGCUGGGCUUCCCCAGCCACUCUGGGCAGCUUCCAACUGAAUAUUAAAAACAAUACGGCAUCAGACAUUAAAAACUUCCCUAAACAGGGCUGCUUUCAGUUGUCUUUUAAAAGUAAAAUAGUUGUUUAUUGCCUUGACAUCUGCUGGGAGGGCGUUCCACAGGGCAGGUGCCACUACCGAGAAGGCCCUCUGCCUGGUUCCCUGUAACCUUGCAGCGAGGGAACCGCCAGAAGGCCCUCAGCACUGGACCUAAGUGUCCGGGCUGAACGAUGGGGGUGGAGACGCUGCUUCAGGUAUACAGGAUCCUUUGUGGUGUAGUGGUUAGAGCCCUAGACUAGGACCUGGCAGACCAGGGUUCAAGGUCCUGCUCAGCCCACUGGUUGACUGGGAGCCAGUCACCCUCUGCCUGGCCAACCUACUUUGCAGGGCUGUUGUGAAGAUAAAGCGGGACGGGGGGGGAGUGUGUACACCAUCUUGAGCGAGCUCUUUGGGGAACACGUGGAAUAUACAGUGGUACCUCAGGUUAAGAACUUAAUUUGUUCUGGAGGUCCGUUCUUAACCUGAAACUGUUCUUAACCUGAGGUACCACUUUAGCUAAUGGGGCCUCCCACUGCCACCGUGCAAUUUCUGUUCUCAUCCUGAAGCAAAGUUCUUAACCUGAGGUACUAUUUCUGGGUUAGCGGAGUCUGUAACCUGAAGCGUCACUAACCUGAAGCGUCUGUAACCUGAGGUACCACUGUAAAUGCAAUAAGAACAGCUUGGGGCCAGAGUUAGCCUGGCUGCCUACUCCAUACAUUUAACGCACACUUCCCUUGCACUCCCCUAAAGAAUCCCGUGGGCUGUUGUUUGCCCCUCAGAGAGCUACAAAUCCCAGCACCCUUAGCACACUACAGUUCCCAGGAGUAUUAUUAGUUUUUUGGCAGGAUGUAUGUGUGUGUGUGUGUGCACGCUUUAGACGUAUGUUGUAAGAAGCCUCUGCCUGCCCAGAGACCCUUCCCAAAAGGCAUGAUCAGAUGGCCUCCUGAACAAGCAAAUGUUCAAAAAGUUGCCCCAGGUAUCUUGCCGUCAUUCCCCCACUCCCUAGUCUCCAGCUGUAUCCCUCUGCUUGCAGCUUUUUUCGAGAUGUGCCCAUUCUACAGGUGCCCACAGAAGUCUUGGUUUUUCAGGCUUCCUGCCUGAAAAGGAUUAACCGUUUCCACGUCGAGUCACCUGUCAGGAAGCCUCCGUAGGCCCCACCGCAACGCCCGUGAGGCGCAGAGGAUUUUGGGAUGUGUCCUUGAGGACAAAAGCCAACCCAUGAGGCUGUGCUGGUCUCAGGCCUGCUGGGCUUCACCAUUGACCCAUGGAAGCCAAAAAGUCCCCCCCCCCAUAAAACGCCCAAAACUCCCCUGCGGCUACAAAAUCUGGUUCCUUCUAGGUCUACAUGGGAACAAGGCGGCUCAAGGGCAGCUGUACUGCCUCUCUUUAUUUAACAGUGUUUUCCGUUUGUUUGUUUGUUUGUUUGUUUGUUUGUUUUUGCACCUUUUACAUGGCUGGCUCCAGAUUUUGUAUGUCCCCCACCCCCAUAUAGUCCCAGGGCAACUUGCUGUGUUGUGUUCAAAGCCCCAAUUGCAAUCGCUGUUCCAGGUUGUGGGUGACAGAAUAAACUGUUCUGGAGGUUUUUAGACAACAAGGAAGCAAAACCGUUACCAGACAACCCUGCAGCUUUCGGAAACCCUUGGAAAGGGAUCACACGAUCCGAUCCUAACCAUGGUCUACCCAGAUCACAUUGGUCGAGUCUUCUAGGAAUCUGAGUUCCAUUAGUGAAUUCAGCCAUUUCUGAAUUGAGGAGGAUCAAGUACACCUCUAAUGAAUCUGUAAGCCCCUGUUGCAGCAAGUUUUAAAACCGCCUUUGGUCUGAUCCAGCCUUUGGUCUGAUCCAGCUUGGCGGUUCUUGCAACGCUGUCUUUAAAGCUGAGCUUAAGUUAAGCCACGCCUUAACUUUCAUUUUGGCCUUCACUGCACGUUCAUUCUCCCCUGGGACAAAAUGGCAUUCAGUUUAUUUCCAGGCCUAAUUUAAGCUGAGUGGGCAAACUAGUACAUUUGGGAGGCCAGAAAGUGGUUGUAGGAUGGAUAGCGGCUCAGAGAUUGAGGCUGAAUCCUGACAAGACAAGUACUGUUUUGGGGGGACAGGGGGAGGGCGGGUGUGGAGGACUCCCUAGUCCUGAAUGGGGUAGCUGUGCCCCUGAAAGACCAGGUGUGCAGCCUGGGCCUCAUUUUGGACUCGCAGCUGUCCAUGGGGCGCAGGUUAAUUCUGUGUCCAGGGCAGCUGUUUAUCAGCUCCAUCUGGUAUGCAGACUGAGAUCCUACCUGCCUGCAGACUGUCUCGCCAGAGUGGUGCGUGCCCUGCUUAUCUCCCACUUGGACUACUGCAAUGCACCCUACGUGGGGCUACCUUUGAAGGUGACCCAGAAACUACAACUAAUCCAGAAUGCGGCAGCUAGACUGGUAACUGGAAGUGGCUGCCAAGACCAUAUAACACCGAUCCUGAAAGACCUACACUGGCUCCCAGUAUGUUUCAGAGCACAAUUCAAAGUGUUGGUGCUGACCUUUAAAGCCCUAAAUGGCCUCAGCCCGGUAUACCUGAAGGAGCGUCCCCAUCGUUCAGCCCAGACACUGAGGUCCUCCUCCGAGGCCCUUCUGGUGGUUCCCUCACUGUGAGAAGUGAAGUUACAGGGAACCAGGCAGAGGACCUUCUCGGUAGUGGCGCCUGCCCUGUGGAAUGCCCUGCCACCGGAUGUCAAGGAAAUAAACAACGCUCUGACUUUUAGAAGAAAUCUGAAUGCAGCCCUGUUUAGGGAAGCUUUUAAUAUUUGAUGAAUUAUUGUAUUUUAAUAUUUGCUGGAAGCCACCUCGGGUCGUUGGAGAAACCCAGCCAGAUGGGCAGGAUAUAAAUAAAUUAUUAUUAUUAUUAUUAUUAUUAUUAUGAGCUGAAUGGUGGGACUCCAUGGAAAUAAUCCAUGUUUCUUCUUCCUUUUCAGACCCCCCAGGCUUCAGGAUGUUCUUCACCUGUGGCCCCAAUGAGGCCAUGGUUGUCUCAGGUGAGUUCUACACUUUCUCUUCCUCCCUCUUACCAAAGAGGUGGGUCCGCCUGGGACCUGCAACAAAAUGUUGCAGCAUGGAACAUGCCUCUUCAGUGUUCCAGCUGUGGCUUCUUUCAGGAUAUACCAUUCCUCUCCCUCCAAUGCUCAUUAUUGCAUGGCGAAUGAGGACACUUCAUCUUCGCUGAAGAGGUUUUUUUGGGAAUUUCUUGUCUCCUUGGAUUUCUUUUCCCUACUUGAUUCCCCCCCCCCCCUAUUUCUGCUCUAUGUGGGCUUCCUUGAGCUUAUAACAGCCUUUUAAAAUGAUUUAUUCACAACCUUUUAAUUGAGUUAAUCUGUUUAUAUUCUGCUGCUCCGAUUACAUUUUGAUUUCUUUUGGGUACUCUUUUGUUUUGUAGGCUAGCCUGUAAGUGGUCAAUAUGCGGGCAGGAUAUUAAAUAAGACAAAAUACUGCAUGAGGAAGGUUAGCGGGCUGCGUGUGUCUGCAUUUAGGUCUCUUUUUCUCUUCUUUUAAACUGUAUAUACUCCCACUGGUAAAGGUAAUAAUAGGUGUAAUAGGUCCCACUAUUAUAUUAUUUCAUGCCACCCCAAUCUCAGAGCAGUACGAGAUUCCGGGAGUUCCAGAGUUCAUGUUUCCUUUCAGACAUGAGGCGCAGAAGAAACUCUGGUUCCUUUAUGAUCUAUAUUUUAUUUACACAUAUAUACCACCUCAGCCUAUGAUGGAGGGGUUCACAGCAUCAAGACCCCCAAAUCGAUCUUGUUUCUCCCAUAUCUGCAGCUUUGGAUUCAGACGGAAAUCAAACAUUGCUCUCUGCCUCUUUGGCUUUCCAGCCUACAACUUUGCUUCUAGGUCACAAUACAACCAACCUGCGUCCUUCUCACUAUCUUAAGAGCUGGAGGAGGGGCCCUACCCAUUUCUCUUCUGGCACAGAGGCCUCUUUCCUUUGUUCUCUUAAUGGCACAUCACCAAGGCGAUUGCCUGGACACAGGAAGCAAGUCUGGCCUGUAUUUUAGCACUUGCUGGGUCCAGGGGUUUGAAUGGGUCUGGCGUCCACAAACUCAUAAAGGUAUACAGUCAUACCUCGGGUUGAAUAUGCUUCAGGGUGAGCGCUUUCAGGUUGCGCUCCGCGGCGACCCGGAAGUAACGGAGCGCGUUACUUCUGGGUUUCGCCACUCGCGCAUGCGCAGACGCUCAAAAUGGCGUCACGCGCAGACACAGACUGCGUUCGCUUCAGGAUGCGAACGGGAUCCGUUCCGGAGCCCCGUUCGCAUCCUGAGGUACCACUGUAUACGAAUUAUAUAACCUUCAAAUUCUAUUCAAUGCAAGGUUAAAAGCCCAGCUUUUUCUGUUGGGCUUUAAGAGGCUGACGGGCUAAGUCGUUUUCAUGAUGUUGGAAUUCAUGCAACUUGUGAGAAUUAUUUUAAUGUACUUCUGUUUGUUAUGUGCCGCGUUUUUUUAUAUUGCUUUUGUAAGUCCACCCUGCUGUCUUUCUUGGUGAUGGGCGGUGUUGAAACCUCUUAAACAAAAAAGUCAAUGUGAAUACCACAGAAAUUUACAAACCCCUGUUCCUGGAAACCUCUGGAAAGGAAAGUGCUGCUACGCUUGGUUCCUGCUUCCUGGCUUCCCCCAGGCCACUUUGAGAACAGGAUGCUGACCUAGAUGGGCCUUUGGCCUGAUCCCACAGGCUCUGCUUAUAUCCUUAAGUAUCGUUCCCUAGAGGACCCCCCCCCCCCCAGAAAAGCCCUCUCCCUUUUGCGCAUCUCAUCCCAGUUAUGGGGAAAGCUUGUUACAGGGGCAGUGAUUCUGGCAACCUGUUUACAGAAGGUACUAUAUUUCAAAAGAGGCUGUAGUUCUGCCCUUCCAUCCAUUCACCCCAGAAUCAUUUCAGGGGUUGGGUUGUUUUUUCCCCCCUUCCAUUUUUCCAACCACCCUGCUUAGGGUUUUCCAGGGAAUCAUAUUGGGCAUCCCCUCCUUUGCAAUUUUCAUUUGCUGUUUGACAGUGAAACUGUCUCCCUCGGGAGGCUGUGGACUCUCCUUCCUUGGAGGUUUCUAAGCAGAGGUUGGACGGCCGUCUUGUCAGGGAUGCUUUAGCUGAGAUUCCUGCAUUUCAGAGGGUUGGACUAGAUGACCCUCAAGGUCCCUUCCAGCUCUACAGUUCUAUGAUUCUCUCUCUCUCUCUCUCCUCUUCUCUGCCCCUGAUCAUAAACAAGCCAGGUUGUUGUUGUUUUGGAAGUGCAGUGGUACCUUGGUUCUCAAACUCAGUCUGUUAUGGAACUCCAUUCCAAAACCAAAGCCUUCCAAACCAAGGCACGCUUUCCAUAGAAAGUAAUGCAAAAGGAUUAAUCGGUUCCAGACUUUUAAAAACAACCCUUAAAACAGCAAUUUAACAUGAAUUCUACUAUCUAACGAGACCACUGAUCCAUAAAAUGAAAACAAUAAUCAAAGUACUGCAGUCACACAAUCAAUCAGUCGGUAGCUGAACUGGGUUCCACACAGUCACAAAAACGAAAGAAAAAAGAGCCUCAAAAACAAAAACUCGAAAUAAGUAGCAAAAACAGACAGACCUGAGCGUAACACUCAGAAUGGAAGUGUGGCACUCAAAUCGGAAGCGUAACACUCAAAACGGAGCACAUUCAGCUUCUGAAAAAAGUUCACAAACUGGAACACUUACUCCCGGUUUUGCAGUGUUUGGGUUUCAAGCUGUUUGAGUACCAAGGCGUUUGAGAACCAAGGUACCACUGUAGGCCCCUUUACUUCAGUGAUUUUGGUGUGUUGCAUUAAGGUGCUUCAAUUCAACCUUUUCCUCUCAGGUUUCUGCCGCAGUCCCCCUGUCAUGAUAGCUGGAGGACGCGUGUUUGUGAUGCCAUGUAUUCAACAGAUCCAGAGGUGAGUUCUUCUGGGGCAGAACCCCUGGGAGGGAUGAGGGGACUUUGGCAAGGAUGCUGAAGGCUAGCUAAUGUGAACAUAAUCCUCUCCUACUUGGAUCUUGAGUCCUUUCUCUGAGGGACACCAGUAAGGCCUCAUCUGCUCCAUACAUUCAAAGCACUACCAUGCACUAAAAGAUACAAAAGGUAAAGGACCCCUGGACAGUUAAGUCCAGUCAAAGGCGACUAUAAGGUUGCGGCGCUCAUCUCGCUUUCAGGCUGAGGGAGCCGGCGUUUGUCCACAGACAGCUUUCCGGGUCAUGUGGCCAGCAUGACUAAACCGCUUCUAGCACAAUGGGACACUCUGACAAAAGUCAGAACACACAGAAACGCCGUUUACCUUCCCGCCGCAGCAGUACCUAUUUAUCUACUUGCGCUGGUGUGCUUUUGAACUGCUAGGUUGGCAGAAGCUGGGACAGAGCAACGGGAACUCACCCCGUUGCAGGGAUUCGAACCGCCGACAUUCCGAUUGGCAAGCCCAAGAGGCUCAGUGGUUUAGACCACAGUGCCAUCCGCGUCCCUUACCAUGCACUAAACCUGGCUGAGUGAAAGUCUCCCCAGCCAGAUAGCCCAAAUAUUGCAACACAAUGGCUUUUGUUUACUCCGCUCCGGCAUGCUGUAGUUUCUUUCACCAAAAAUAUGCACUUAGAAACGGCAUCUUUUGAGUUUCUGUUGAGGGCUAGAAACAAGCUCUCCUCCACACACACCCUGCUUAGACAACAACAAUUAAAUUCUCAAAUCCAAACAUCACUGCCUGUUAGAUUUUGCACUGAAUUCUUGUGCUUAAAAGAGCACCAGAAAAAUGAAAACUCCUGCUUGUAAAGAGAUGUGUUGUUCAGUUACAGCUAAGCCAAGAUUUAGAUCUAAGUCAGGAUUGGGCCUCCAGCCAAGGGAUUCUGGGAAGAAUGCAGUUUGCGUAGAAGAAAUGGCAGGAGAAUAGUCAGAACAGCCCAAGGAAGUCUUUUGACUUGGAUCCAUGAUGGCAUAGUGGUUAGAGUACUGGAAUAGGACCUGGGAGAACUGGGUUCAAAUCCCCACUGGGCCAUAAAUCUCACUUGGUGACUUUGGGUGAAUCACAUGCUCGCUCAUUCGCUCUCAUCUUAACCCACAUCACCGGGUUGUAGUGAGGUGUUUGUACUGAAUCCAUCAAUCCAUCCAUCCCUGGUUUCUACAAUCAGGGGAUAAAACCUGGCAAUUAGAGAUCACACUAGACAAGAGUUUCAAAAAGCAUGGGGAAAAUGCAGAGAAUACUUCACAAAACAGUGCCCUAAAAUACAUACCUGGACUUGUUUCGAUUAAUGUCUGCAGGAGACUUUGUGGAUAUUUAAGUUAUAAUUAGAAAAAUCUUAAUAAUUAUUCAUAAAGGAAACGGUUUAUAAGAAGUAAAUAAGGAGGCCAGAUACAAGAUAAAGGAAGUCUUUUAUUUGGUUGUUUGUAUUGUUGUAUGUUAUGCUCAUUGUAUGUGAUGUUCACGUUUAAUGAGGGUGGAUUUCUGUAUUGGGGGCUGGGGGGGUCAUGUUAUGUUGUAAAUAAAAUUCCAAUUAAAAAAAAUACAAUCGGGGGACAAAACCUGUGAAAGUGAAGGACAGUCAGUAAAAGAGGCCUUUGAAUUGAGCAAGGAAUAGAAGUGGCGUGUUGUGCCACAUUGGCGGUGUCAACAAUAUAUAUCUGACUGGCAACCUUAGGCCCAGGGAGAGCCAGGGUGAUGGGGUUAAGACUACAACUCCCAGAAGCCCCGGCCGGCUUGGCCAAUACACAGGGGCUAUGGGAGUUGUAGUCUAGCAACAUUUGGAGGUUGCCACAUUGACUCCCUCUGGCUUGGGCUUCUCAGGACAACUUCAACUGGAGUCCAGGUCACCACUGAGAAGUACGUGGGUGUAUGUGUCUUUCUCUUUUUUAUUGGCUCUCUCCUUCCCGUUGCCUGCAGGAUCUCACUGAAUACUCUGACCCUGAAUGUGAAGAGUGAAAAAGUAUACACCCGACAUGGGGUCCCCAUCUCUGUCACCGGCAUUGCCCAGGUAACCGUUUCCCAGCGUGCUGCCACCCCCCCUUUUAAUUAGAGCAUUUCCUUGAGGGGGCAUCUGCUCAGAGGAAGGGGGCAUGUGCUGGCAGUGGCCUGGACAGAAUCAAAAUGUGGGUGGGCUGCCUUUUCGGGACAGCUCCCUUCUAUCUUCGUUCUGUCACACACAUGCACCAUUUUUCCUGCAAGAACGUCGGCCAAGGGCCACAUGAAAUUCAUCCGUGGGCUGCAGGUUGCUCACCCCUGUUCUGUGGAAAAGGCAAUUUCUGAUUUCCUCCAUUGGAACGAUUUUAUAUUCCUCUUAUAAUAAUAAUAAUUAUUAUUUCUACCCCGCCCAUCUGGCUUGGUUUCCCCAGCCACAGAUCUGGCCACCCCCACCCCCUGCAGGGGAUCGGAUCGGUUUAAUUUCCUUUUUCUUUCUCCUCUUUCCAAAAUUUUCCUUGGCUCUUCCCCUGGCCCUCACAAUAUUGGCGGCAGGAGUGGGAGGAUUCAAAGUUUAGCAUUACAGCCUGGGACCCAAAUACUUGCAAAACCACACUUCUUCCAUAAUAGUAAUAAUAAAUUUUAUUUAUACCCCACCCUCCUCGGCCAGAGCUGGGCACAGGGCGGCUAACACCAAUAAAAUUACAGUAAAAACAUAAUAGGGGGGGGAAACCAAUUUAAAAUACAGGUUAAAAUGCAAUUUAAAAUGCAGCCUCAUUUUAAAAGAAGCCCAUAGAUCAAAGCCAAGGCCUGCAGUCUGUAUUUUAAGAACUGUGUUGCUUUCUGGGGGGUUUUUUCAUUUGCCUUUGUUGCAAACCAGUCUGUGGCUUGCGAAAGGGGGCAGUGUAUAAUCAUCUAAAUAAAUGCUAGAGUACGACGCCAGCCUUGUGCUGAUGUUCGCUGAAUUAAAUUUCCUCCAACUUAACGGCUAGCAAAAAGCAAGAUGUUCUGGGCUGCAGCAGCUCCCUGCUUGCAGAAAUUCCAGAAACGGCUCUUCCUCCUAAAGGGAAAAUGUCUCCAAUCUGACGAUUACCUAAAACAGGAUGCGAGAGUUGUUAGGAAACUUGGGGCGGGGGGGCAAUCCUUUCUCUUUCUCAGCUUUCUUCUCUUUCCGCCCCACCUCCCACCCCCAACAUAGGUGAAGAUCCAGGGACAGAACAAGGAGAUGCUGGCAGCUGCUUGCCAGAUGUUUCUGGGCAAAUCAGAGCUCGAGAUUGCCCAGAUUGCUUUGGAAACGCUAGAGGGGCACCAGAGAGCCAUCAUGGCCCACAUGACCGUAGAGGUGAGCUUUGCCAGAAUAUGUUCAAUCUUUGCUGCCCUCUGCUGGAAGGGAUGAGUUUCGGUCACUGUGUAUACAUAAUGCUGCCCCCUGCUGGGAAAUGUGUGUUGUUUUUGUUGUUGUUUAGUCAUUUAGUGGUGUCCGACUCUUCGUGACCCCAUGGACCAGAGCACGCCAGGCACUCCUGUCUUCCACUGCCCCCCGCAGUUUGGUCAAACUCAUGCUGGUAGCUUCGAGAACACUGUCCAACCAUCUCGUCCUCUGUUGUCCCCUUCUCCUUGUGCCCUCCAUCUUUCCCAACAUCAGGGUCUUUUCCAGGGAGUCUUCGCUUCUCAUGAGGUGGCCAAAGUAUUGGAAGAACCUUUUAAUGAGGGUGAAAGAGGAGAGCGCAAAAUAUGGUCUGAAGCUCAACAUCGAAAAAACAAAGAUCAGGGCAACUGGUCCCAUCACCUCCUGGCAAAUAGAAGGGGGAGAAAUGGAGGCAGUGAGAGAUUUUACUUUCUGGGGCUCCAUGAUCUCUGCAGAUGGUGACAGCAGUCACGAAAUUAAAAGACGCCUGCUUCUUGGGAGAAAAGCAAUGACAAACCCAGACAGCAUCUUAAAAAGCAGAGACAUCACCUUGCCAACAAAGGUCCGUAUAGUUAAAGCUAUGGUUUUCCCAGUAGUGAUGUAUGGAAUUGAGAGCUGGACCAUAAAGAAGGCUGAUCGCUGAAGAAUUGGUGCUUUUGAAUUAUGGUGCUGGAGGAGACUCUUGAGAGUCCCAUGGACUGCAAGAAGAUCAAACCUCUCCAUUCUUAAGGAAAUCAGCCCUGAGUGCUCACUGGAAGGACAGAUCCUGAAGCUGAGGCUCCAAUACUUUGGCCACCUCAUGAGAAGAGAAGACUCCCUGGAAAAGACCCUGAUGUUGGGAAAGAUUGAAGGCACAAGGAGAAGGGGACGACAGAGGACGGGAUGGUUGGACAGUGUUCUCGAAGCUGCGAACAUGAGUUUGACCAAACUGCGGGAGGCAGUGGAAGACAGGAGUGCCUGGCGUGCUCUGGUCCAUGGGGUCACGAAGAGUCGGACACGACUAAACGACUAAACAACGUUGUUGUUGUUGUUGUUGUUGUUGUUGUAUCCCGGCUGAGACUGGGCUCAGAGUGGCUAACAUCAUAAAAACAACACAAUAUGCAUAAAAACAGACAUCAAUUAAUUAAAAUACAUCUUAAAAUUACAGUGGUACCUCGGGUUACAGACGCUUCAGGUUACAGACUCUUCUAGCCCAGAAGUAGUACCUCGGGUUAAGAACUUUACCUCAGAAUGAGAACAGAAGUUGAGUGGCGACAACAGUGGGAGGCCCCAUUCGCUUAAGUGGUACCUCAGGUUAAGCACAGUUUCAGGUUAAGAACGGACCUCCGGGACGAAUUCAGUUCUUAACCCGAGGUACCACUGUAACUCAGACAAGUUAAAAUCUGGGCAGGUGGCAAUUAUCAGGUUGGAACUGAGAGCGGUUGUAGGAACUGACCAAGUCCUGGAAGUCUGAAAUAAAUGGACCCGGUUGGGAUGGAAAGGUGGGCAAGCCUAGGACUCGAUUCCUGUUCCUGGCUGCUUUUCCCUCUCUGGGUAUAAUACCCUCUGCUGUCUCUGUUUGCCCGUCAGGAAAUAUACAAGGACCGGCAGAAGUUCUCCGAGCAGGUCUUCAAAGUUGCCUCCUCUGACCUGGUCAACAUGGGGAUCAGUGUGGUCAGCUACACCCUCAAAGACAUACACGAUGACCAGGUAAGAAAACAGGAAGCUGCCUUGUACCAAGUCGGAUCAGCGGUCCACCCAGAGCUCAGUCUAGUCUUUGCAUCGAAAGCAGCAGCUUUCCAGAGCUUCAGGUGGGAUUCUUCCCCAGCCCUACCCAGAGACUGAACCUGGGAAUUUCUGCAUGCAAGGUAGACACUCAACCUCUGAGCUUUGGCCACUUCCGCAUGAAGGUAACAGCUCUCUCUCCCACUGUUUUGUCCCUCUAGGAACUAGCUUUAGGUAUAUCAAUAUCAUUUCAGGGGCUUUGGUCCCUUUCCAUAAAGUGACUAGGGUUAGAAUUCCAUUGGUGACGUCAAUAAACAAUAAAAACCUUAACAUAGUUCUUUUGUUAGUGAAUAUGGAACAUUUCCUAAUUUCUGUAAUGCACCAACGCAGAACAAGAGAAGAUAGGAUUUAUAAGGUGCACUAAAAUAGUACCGUAUUUUGCGCUCUGCAGAGCGCGCUGGGGCUUUGGGAUAAGAGGCAGCUCUGCGCAAGCCGGGGGAGCCCUCCCGCGGCUUGCGCUGAGCUACCCGAAGCCACGGCGUGACUGCCCAGCGCGCCGGGGCUUCGGGAUAAGAGGCGGCUCUGCGCAAGGCGGGGGAGGGCUCCCGCGGCUUGCGCAGAGUUUCCUGAAGCCUGGAGAGCGAGAGGGGUCGGUGCGCACCAACCCCUCUCGCUCUCCAGGCUUCAGCGAAAGCCUGCAUUCGCCCCAUAGGACGCACACACAUUUCCCCUUCAUUUUUGGAGGGGAAAAAUUGCGUCCUAUAGGGCUAAAAAUACGGUACUUUUCCUGAUAUUCACUUCAUCAGCGGCACUGGUGAAACAAAACAAGGCUCUCUAUUUCCUCUGUGCUUUGUUGCAAAAUGUUACUUUGUUUUGUUUAUUUUUAUUACAUAUAUAAUCCUGUCCUUCCUCCCAAAGGAGCCCAGGGUAGCAUCCAGGGAGUGUUAGGAACUGAGAUAUGAAAGCUAGGAGCUAAAUGGAACCUUAAACCUGGUUAUGGGUGCAACAAUGGAAUGUCUAGGCACGCUUUUUUAUAACAAGAAUACAAAGCUGAAAAUGAGUGGACUGCAGUUAGAAUAUUAUGUUCAUUUUUCACAUGGUCUAGUCCUUCCCCUGCUUACCGCCCUAAUAUUCUUAAGAGGGUCUCUUCUCCAGUCUUCAGAGAGCAGCUGGAAGUGGGGAGACAGAAAAAGGUCCUUUUUUCCAUCCAUUCUGUAGUUUUAAGUGGAAAUCUUAGGCGCAGCACUGCGCCCAGAGCUCAGAAACAGCUCACACAAAUGCAAUUCCCUGUCGCAAAAUGCUCCUGGAGCAAUGGGAGUUUUGAACACUGCACCCAGGGUUUUAUUGGCUGUUCCAUCUUCUCUUGUUAUUAUUACAUACCAGGACAAAAAUGGCAUUUUAUAAAAAAGGUUCAAGUGGUAAUCAGUAUACAGUGGUACCUCUGGUUGUGAACGGGAUCCAUUCACAACCUGAAAGGAACGCAACCCGCGUCUGCGCUCACACGGGUUGCAAUUCGCUGCUUCUGUGCAUGUGUGUGACGUCAUUUUGCACGUCCGCGCAUGCACAAGCGGUGAAACCCGGAAGUAACCCUUUCCGGUACUUCCGGGUCGCUUCGGGAUGCAACCUGAAAAGACGCAACCUGAACCGAACGUAACAAGAGUGUAUUGCAAAGUAUCAAAGGCGCCUUGGUAUAUUUGCACUUCUUGUCCAUAAUAUUAACCCCUUCUCUUGUGCCAACUGUAGGACUAUCUUCACUCUCUGGGGAAAGCUCGGACGGCUCAGGUGCAGAAGGAUGCGAGGAUUGGAGAAGCUGAAGCUAAGAGGGAUGCUGGUAUCAAGGUGAGCUCUGGGACCAGGCCCCUAGAGUGAACCGGCCUCUCCUGCUAAUCUUGGUCUUUUGGAUUUUUUCUAUUUACUCUGGAGAUGCCCACCAGAAAGUAGGAAAGUGGCUCUGUGAGAUUGGCUGUAUCUCAUGCACUGUGGAAUGCCCUUCCCGCUUGCCAUAUUUGAACCACCACCUGUUAGCUGCUUCAGACAUCUUGUGAAGCCUUUGGGUUGGGUUUUCCUUUCCCAUCGCCAGAGAAAAAUUCCAGGGGUGUACAGUGAAAGGAGAGGGGAGGAAAGCCUCAGCCCAGUAUACCUGAAGGAGCGUCUCCACCCCCAUCAUUCUGCCCAGACACUGAGGUCCAGCUCCGAGGGCCUUCUGGCGGUUCCCUCCCUGUGAGAAGCGAAGUUACAGGAAACAAGGCGGAGGGCCUUCUUGGUGGUGGCACCUGCCCUUGUGGAACGCCCUCCCAUCAGAUGUCAAAUAAAUAAACAACUACCUGACUUUUAGAAGACAUCUGGAGGCAGCCCUGUAUUGGGACAUUUUCAAUGCUUUGUGUUUUACUAUUGUUUUAUAUAUGCUGUAAGCCGCCCAAAGUGGCUGGGGAAACCCAGCCAGAUGGGCUCGGUUUAAGUAAUAAGAUUCUUAUUCUUAUUAGCCCAUUGUGCAAGCAGAAGUCCUUCUUCAGGGCUCCUUUUGUGAAUCCUGCACGUAUUUUUUUCCUCUGGGUUUACUUAACUCAUAAGAUUGUUCCUUUUUAUUUCUGAAUUCCCAUUUUUUUAUAAUGCUGGAGCUUUUUCCUCUUGGGUUAUUGCUUCAGUGUUAUUUUUGGAUACCACUUCAGCAAUUUAAAAAAAACACAUUACAAUACGAUAUGAUACGAUAAUCUUUAAUAAUAAUAAUAAUAAUAAUAAUAAUAAUAAUUUAUUAUUUGUACCCCGCCCAUCUGGCUGGGCUUCCCCAGCCACUCUGGGCGGCUUCCAACAAAGAUCAAAAAUACAUUAAAACGUCACACAUUAAAAACUUCCCUGAACAGGGCAGCGCUUUAGAAUCACUUGUAAUUAAACCGCUAGAGAAGUGUCACCCUCGUUGCCCUUCCCAGCCGCCGUGGGGGAGCUGAGAUAUUUUGCAAAGGCCCUCCUCCAACGUUAUGCCCCUCUCUCUCUCUCUCUCUCUCUCACACACACACACACACACACACACCAAUCACUCACCUAAACAAGUACAGUGGUCCCUUGGUUCUCAAACUUAAUCUGUUCCGGGAGCCGGUUCAACUUCCGAAACCAUUUGAAAACCAAGGCACGGCUUUCAAUUGGCUGCAGGAGCUUCCUGCACUCAAACUGAAGCUGCGUCGGAUAUUCGGUUCCCGAAAAGCGUUUGGUUUGCAAACCGGAACACUUAAUUCCGGGUUUAUGGCGUUCAGGAGCCAAAACAUAUGAGUACCAAGGCGUUCGAGAACCAAGAUACGAAAGGAAAACCCAACUCACAUUUUAAAAUGUGAGUUGGCCAUACGGCACUUGCACUGCAUUUUGAAAUGUGCAGCUGUUUGGAGCUUGGAAGUUUUCAAAUCGUGCAAAUAGGAGAGUGGAAAAAAGGGCUGAGAUCUCCUGCCUGGUGAUGUUGUCAGGGACUAUUCAGGUUUGCAUCGCAAGACAUUUUCUCUCGUCACUAUUCCCAUUGGGAAUUCGGCACCUGAGGCCUCUCUCCUCCAGGCAGAAGGUCAGAGUUUUCCCAAGGUGGGCCUCACCCCCAUUUAAAAGUUUCCUCGCAUUUUAUUUGCUGCUAUUAUUUUGUUAAAGGUGAGCCAUUUUUUUCUGGGCGGGGUAUGUGUUCCCUUUCCUGCCGUCUUUGGGGGGAAAUCCAGUUGCCUCUUUCUGUGCCCAACCCAUCUAACCCGAUGCAAGUGGAAGGUCCGAAACUGAUCUGUCGCCCCUGUUUCCGUCUGCAGGAAGCAAAGGCCAAGCAGGAGAAAUUGUCUGCUCAGUACUUGAGCGAAACAGAAAUGGCCAAAGCCCAGCGGGACUAUGAGCUGAAGAAGGCCACUUACGAUUACGAGGUGAACACGCGGAAAGCGGAGUCUGACCUGGCCUAUCAGCUCCAGGUGAGGCAAGCUUUAGUUAUGGAAGGUGAUGGGCAGAGGAAGGGGAAAUAAGUCACAGGAGCAGGGUGGAUAAAAAUCAAUGGUUUUUUUAGAAAUUGGAUUUUUAAAAUUUAAAUUUUUUUGUUUAUUUAAAUCAGAUUCUUAAAAUAAAGUGCUUCUGGAGAGAAAACCUUUCUAAAGAUAGUUUUCUAUUUAAGUUACAUUGUAGCCAAAGGCUAUUCAUCAGGAAAUAAGGAUUUGUUUUAAGUUUUUCUUGUGUGCUAAAAUUCAAGUCUGGUUUUCUUGUUUGUUUAACCACAUCAGUUAACAAACAUGGAUACAUAUGCUAUACAGUGGUACCUCUGGAUACGCACACCUCUGGUUGCGUAUCCUUCAGGAAGUAUUUUUUGGGGGUUUCACCGUGUGUACAUGUGCAGAAGCGGUCCCUCUGGUUGCGGAAACCUCAGGAUCCGGCCAGAGCUCUGGAAUGGAUCCCGUCUGCAACCGGAGGUACCACUGUAAUGUUAUUGUUUUAGUUAAAUAAAUCGUUUACAUUUUUAUUAAGGAAAUGAUUAUUUUUCUCCCUCCAAUAAAGUACAGUAGAAAAGUUGUCCAAAUAUAAACAGUUAACUUAUUAAACCUCACAUAAUUUCAUAACUAUCUGUCUAUGUUUUUCUAACAGUAUAAUCAAAUCAGUAAUCUUUGAUAUAGUUGUAAGAAGUACUCUGAAAAUUUAUUAUUCCAGAAAUGGACUGAAAAAGGCUGCCCUCCCCUUCUCUGCUGAAUGUAAAAUGAUGUCCCAAAUCUCAACAUUUUCCUUUGCCAAGAAAGAUCCUGCCUAAAUGCCCUUUUCCUUGCCUUCCAUUUGUUCUGUUUUUGUAGGAAUGUUAUUGGCGCAGCCUCUUCUUUAGGUUUGUGAUGUUUGUGACUGAAAAUAUACAUAAUUAACAGUUAGUGAAAACAAUCCAUUUUUUUAAAAGUUGAUACUUAUUCAGAGAUACAGUACGCAGAAAUACAUACCCAUUACAAAAUAUCUAUUUCUAACAUACUGAGAUAAAACAACUACUUAAUCUGAAAAAGAGCAAAGAAGGGAGAAAACACAAGAAAAAAAGAGAUUUAAAGAAGGAGAAAGCAAGAGAGAAGGAAAAGAAAGAAAAAUCUGAAGGAAGAUAGAGGAGGAGAAAUUUUUUCAAGCUGACUUGUUUCCACCAAAUGCAGUUAAGAGUACAGUGGUACCUCGGGUUAAGAACUUAAUUCGUUCCGGAGGUCUGUUCUUAACCUGAAACUAUUUUUAACCUGAAGCACCACUUUAGCUAAUGGGGCCUCUCGCUGCCGCCGCACAAUUUCUGUUCUCAUCCUGAGGUAAAGUUCUUAACCCGAAGUACUAUUUCUGGGUUAGCGGAGUCUGUAACCUGAAGUGUCUGUAACCUGAGGCGUCUGUAACCCGAGGUACCACUGUAACCACUUCCUCCUGUCAUGCUGCUCCCCCCCCCCCCAGAAAACCACUCUCUAGUGCUCAGUCGGAGCAAACAGCAACUUGGGUUUUCUCCAGAUUGCCAUUGGCUCCAAUUUAAAACUAAAGAGCAGGUUUUCCCUGGGGAAGGAGCGGGACCAGGAGAAAACAGCUUGGAGCCAUGUCUAGAAAGCAUGGGUCAAACAGAAAACUACUCAGACAAUCCUGGGACAAGCAGAACGGUUCAAACUCUGAACUUGUCCUCACAUCCACACCAGGUGAAGAGAGUGUUGUAGCCCAAGCGAACAGUAGGCUCACUCUUGGCAUGCUAAACUGUAGUUUCCUGCUUCUGUAGUUUCUGCCUCCACCAGAUUCCAAGGCACUGCCCGCUUGACCAAACCCCGCAAGCUGUUCCCUGACCCCGAGCCUCUCCCUUCUGUGUCUCUUCCAUGCUCUGCAGGUAGCCAAGACGAAGCAGAAGAUCGAGGAGGAGAAGAUGCAGGUGCUGGUGGUGGAGCGAGCCCAGCAGAUUCAGAUACAGGAGCAGGAAAUGAUCCGCAAGGAGCGCGAGCUGGAGGCGAAGGUCAAGAAGCCCGCCGAGGCAGAGCGUUUCCGGCUGGAGAAACUGGCGGAGGCUGAGAGGUACAGGCAGCGUUCGAAGGCCCAAAGGAGGGCUCCUGGGAGGAGUUGGGCGCAGGGAUACCGAAGCAGGAUUGUCAAAACCACCACAUUGGCUCCCAGUACGUUUCCAAUUGAAAGUGUUGGUGCUGACCUUUAAAGCCCUAAACGGCCUCGGCCCAGUAUACCUGAAGGAGCGUCUCCACCCCCAUCGUUCAGCCCGGACACUGAGGUCCAGCUCUGAGGGCCUUCUGGCAGUUCCCUCACUGCGAGAAGCAAGGUUACAGGGAAGCAGGCAGAGGGCCUUCUCGGUAGUGGCACCCGCCCUGUGGAACUCCCUCCCAUCAGAUUUCAAGGAAAUAAACAACUACCUGACUUUUAGAAGACACCUGAAGGCAGCCCUGCUAGGGAAGGUUUUAAUGUUUGAUGUUUUAUCUUUUUAAUAUUCUGUUGGGAGCCACCCAGAGUGGCUGGGGAAACCCAGCCAGAUGGGCAGGGUAUGUAUGUAUGUAUGUAUGUAUGUAUGUAUGUAUGUAUUUUUAAAGAAAGCUGUAGAGCAUGAGUAGGCAAACUAAGGCCCGGGGGCCAGAUCCGGCCCAAUCACCUUCUAAAUCCGGCCCGCGGAUGGUCUGGGAAUCAGCAUGUUUUUACAUGAGUAGAAUGUGUGCUUUUAUUUAAAAUGCAUCUCUGGGUUAUUUGCGGGGCAUAGGAAUUCGUUCAUAUUUUUUCCCAAAAUAUAGUCCGGCCCCCCACAAGGUCUGAGGGACAGUGGACCGGCCCCCUGCUGUAGAGCAAAUCAGCCUACAAGGUCUCCCAACCUUUGCAGAUGUGGGAUGGACACUGCAGCAAGGAGAUAGUUUGUCUGUGCCCAAGCAAAUAUUUGUACAGUCAUACCUCGUGUUGCGUCCGCUUCAUGUUGCGUCUUUUCACGUUACGUCCCACGGCAACCUGGAAGUACCGGAACAGGUUACUUCCAGGUUUCGCUGCUUGUGCAUGCGCAGAAGCACCAAAUCGCGCCUGCGCAGACGCAACACUUCAAGUUGCCAGCAUUUCACGUUACAGACGGGCCUCCGGGAUGGAUCCCGUCCAUAACAGAAGGUAUCACUGUACAGUGGUACCUCGGGUUACAUACGCUUUAGGUUACAUAUGCUUCAGGUUACACACUCCGCUAACCCAGAAAUAGUGCUUCAGGUUAAGAACUUUGCUUCAGGAUAAGAACAGAAAUCGGGCUCCGGCGGCAGCAGGAGCCCCCAUUAGCUAAAGUGGUACCUCAGGUUAAGAACAGUUUCAGGUUAAGAACAGACCUCCGGAAUGAAUUAAGUACUUAACCCGAGGUACCACUGUAUAUUCUUUCUACACAAAGCCCUUUGGCCAGGACAUCACUUUGGCCCAGGUGAGGCCGUAAGUGGCAAAUGCCCAAAUCUUACAGAUAGCUCCCCUUUUCUGGGCUCAGAGCCCAGCACCCCAGUCCUGCAGAUAAGCCUAACAUCAAAACAGGCCAAUUAGACUACAUUGGAGCGAGCGAAUAUAAUCAUUUAUGAGCUUGUUUCUGCAACAACUACCAAUCUAUUGACGGUACGCAGUUUGUUUCCCACUCGCUUGUGAGAACAAAGAGCUCACAGUUACUAUGACUACCAAUUAAUUGUGGGGUUGACUACCAAAAUGGUGCUUCCGGAACAGUUCACCUUGGGUUCAACGCAGGGCGUGUCCCUCCAUCUUUUUCUGUGCAGAGGCUGCUGGAGCUGCUGCUUCUGUUUUUACCAGACACUAAAACAGAUGCAGAAUCCCCCUGGAGAUAUAGAUGGCACUGGAUGGUAUCAUUUGCCCGGAAAUAAUGCAUACUUUUCAUUUCCGUGGGAGGAAGUCGAUGUUACACUACAGCUAUUGUUCUGUCAGAGCGAGCUUUUCAGCUCCCCCCUCUGCUCCUUCUGCUUUUCUGGGGGUUUUCCUGACCCUUGCCGGGUCACCUUUGUUGGGGGUACAGGGUGGAAAUCUGCCCCACUGCACUCGUGGGAACCCCUGCUCUGGGCUUCAGCUAGCUGAGCUGCUUAGCACAUUGUAUUAUUUAUCUAAUGAUAUUAAAAGAGCAGUAUUCAACAAUUACAAAAUGCACAGUCACUGUCAUUUACAAAUGUGUAUCAAUAUUUGUAUACAUAUAAACUUGGGGGGGUGUUUUCUUGUUGUUUUUUGUAAAAAGCCCCCUCAGGAUUAUUAUUUUUUAAAUCUUUAAAUAUUAAUUUGCAGCCUCUUCAUAAUUCAGAGCAGGGAGAACUGCAUUUCUCUCCACCACCAACCCCCCCGUACCCAUUCUUCUCCCCAGACAAGUAAACUGUUCCUUUUCCUGAGAUUUGCAAUUAAGUUUUCUGCCAAAUUAUGCACAAAACACAAAAAUCCUUACAUGCAUGUGCACACACACAAUUCUAUACAGAGAUAGAUAGAUAGAUAGAUAGAUAGAUAGAUAGAUAGAUAGAUAGAUAGAUAUUAAGGUAUGGUAUGCUGAUAUGCUAUGAACCAUCCUAAGAUCUUUGGAUAAAGGGUGGUAUAAUAAUAAUAAUAAUAAUAAUAAUAAUAAUAAUAAUAAUGUGUUCCCAAACCCUGAGCUUGCUAUAUCCUUGACCCUCCUGGUUUCGACCUCCGUUUUGUGAGGCAAAAAGGUUGCGGAUAAGACCCCCCUUUUUUGGCUGUGGGGAGCAGGGAGCAGCCAUGAAGACCCUCCUUCUUUCUUCUCUAACAGGACACAGUUGAUCAUGCAGGCGGAGGCUGAAGCAGAGGCCAUCCGGGUGAGUGUGUGUCCCCGUUCCCCCGUGUUGUGGGAGGAAUGUUUCCAGGCAGGAGGGAUGGAAGCCAACUCAUGGUCCUUUUUGCUCCUUGUCUGCAGGUGAAGGGUGAGGCUGAGGCCUUCGCUAUUGAGGCCAAGGCCCGGGCUGAUGCCCAGCAGAUGUCAAAGAAGGCAGAGGCCUUCCAGCAGUACCAGGAAGUAGCCAUGGUGGACAUGCUUCUGGAGAAGAUUCCAGAGGUGAGGCCCCGCUCUCUCAAUAAGGGGACACUAUACUUCAAACAAAUACGGGAGGUGUCAGUAAUGGCAGCAGGAUAGAGAGCAAAACCUGGUCCAGAAAGUUAGCCUGUUUGCCGUUUCUUGUAUAAUUCCGUUUUUUAUAAUUCCUUCUGGUAAAAAAUGUAUUUGGACCGUGUUUAUACAUCAUAUAUUUUAUUUAUACCCUGCCCUCCCCAGCCAAGGCCGGGCUCAGGGUGGCUAACACCAGGUAUAAAAACAAUUGAUUAAAAUACAACUUAAAAACAAGAUAAAAAUACAACAUUAAAAUGCAGCCUCAUUUCAGUAGAAACUCAAAUCAAAAACUUUUUGGGGAUGAAAACUAUAUAUAUAGUUACAGAUAGGUAGCCGUGUUGGUCUGCCGUAGUCAAAACAAAAUAAAAAAAUUCCUUCCAGUAGCACCUUAGAGACCAGCUAAGUUUGUUCUUGGUAUGAACAUGCACACGAAAGCUCAUACCAACAACAAACUUAGUUGGUCUCUAAGGUGCUACGGGAAGGAAUUUUUUUAUUAUAUAUAUCUGCUGACCAAUCAGAUGUUCUUAGCCAGUCCUUUUUUUUUAUCAGUUAAUCAACUAAACGUCGCAGCAUUCUAGAGCUUAGAUGUUUGCUUUUGUUCUUGAUUCUGUUCAGAGGCUCAUGAUUCUGGCAGAGCUGUCCAGUUUUCCAGUUUUGUGCCAGUUACCGGAUUCUCUGCCAAAUAUGAGAGAGAGAGAAAGAAAAAGAUAAAUAUACAGAGAGAGAUACGCACACACAUACAAACAAACACAUGUAAAUGUGCAUACUGUCGUACCUUGGAAGUCAAACAGAAUCCGUUCCAGAAGUCCAUUCGACUUCCAAAACCAAAUUGUGGCUCCUGAUUGGCUGCAGGAAGCUCCUGUAGCCAAUCAGAAGCCGCGGAAGCCCAAUGGGACGUUCAGGUUCCAAAAGAACGUUUGCAAACCGGAACAAUCACUUCUGGGUUUGCGGCGUUGGGGAGCCAAAACGUCCCGAGUUCCAGGGUGUUUGGGGUCAAGCUACGACUGCAUUCUACUGUUUCCUUCUGCCGACAGAUGGCCGACGAGAUCAGCAAGCCCCUGACUUCAGUGAAGAAGAUCACCAUGGUAUCGAGCGGACCCGGGGACAUGGGGGCUGCCAAGAUAACUGGGGAGGUGCUGGAAAUCAUGAGCAGGCUGCCUGACACCGUGGAGAAACUCACAGGCGUUAGCAUCUCUCAGGUACCAAGCCAGAGCUGCUAGGUCCUUAACGGGGGGGGCUGGUUCCCCUCCCCCCCCGGAGGGUAGAUGGCAGGGUGGCAGAGAGUGGGCGGAGCCAGAGUCAAUGGUGGGCGGAGCCAACUCCUGGUUUUGUUCCCCAUCUUCCUCCCAGCUGAAUUCUACCUAGUCAACGCUGAGGAGGAGGAAGCCGACAGCCAAAGCACAUCUUGGGCAGUUUGUAAGUGGGGAGGCAGGCAGGUAGCUGAGUUUGGUGGGGCAGUGCCCCAUUUACCCUAACAGACCAGCCUCCACUGAUUCUUAGAUGAGGGCAAGAGGGAGAGAAGACUUAUCUGGUGCUUUGGUCACUGGCAACGUUCUAGUUGCAGCGGGAAGGCGUUUUGAAGCACGAGUAAGGAGCCAUCCCUGCCCCCUUUCUCCCCAACACCAGCAAAGGGAACCUGGGAGCCAUAUUCUGCGGAAGGAGGAAAGAUCGUGGGGAUGGGCGUUUUCGAAUCGCAGCUCCUCGGUUAUCCAAGGAGAGAGUGGGACUUGAGGAACCUCGGGUGCUUUUUCUUACCUCCCCUUUUCCUACGGCGUGGGCUUAAUCCGUCGCACUUUGUCUUUUCCGUCUUACCAGCAGAUGAAUCAGCAGAAGCCAAGACGGAUGAACUGAAUGCGGAAGACUUGCGGAGGGGGAGGGAGAGGGGGAAAUCCUUCCUGAGCGUGACCCUCGUCAUCUUGUAUGUGUCCAUAUAUAGAGUUCUUCCCCAUCCUGAGCCCUCCUGUAAUCGCUAAACCUUGAAUGGACUCGACUGUUGCAUGUUGGCCAACAAUCCUUGAAACUGCUGAGGUCUGUCACCCUUGCUGUCUCCCAGUGUCAACCCCGACGUGUACCUUGUAAGCACCCUGGCACCCAUUGCCGCUUGUCAUGCCAUGCUUCUGUUGCGCUCGUUCCCCCACCAACUGCACCCGUUGACGCCACUUCUUUGCAUUGUUGCCUGAGCUCGUCGGGUCACCGUGUACCUCCUGCAAGUGACUUCUCUUGGAGAAUUUAAGGAAGGAUCUGCUGCUGGAAUUACUGGGGAGGCAGCAAGGAGGAAUCUGGGAGGAAGGGGGAUCCAAGGCCUGCCCUUUAGAGGUUGGUUGGUUCCCGGGUGCUUUGCCAACAAGGACUUGUAAGAGUUUUGAGUUUAUGUAAGGUGGGUCCAGUGGAUGUUCUAAGGAACUGCCUUCAGCGAGUGGAGACGUUUUAGAGGGCCAGUCCUACACUAUUGACCGAUGCUUAAAGAACGGGCGUGGACACAGUUCUUGCUAGCUCCAUAGACCUAAAACCACUUAUAUUUUUCUGUGUAUGUAUGCCCACGCUAAUUCAGCCCCUUCUCCCUUUGUGCCAUAGUUCUUGGGCAUGGCUGAGAUGCCCCCACUUGGCAAAAUUCAAAUAAUCUUGCUCCCUUUUGUUGUUGCUCUUAUACUUUGUUUAAAACACACACGUACUAUCUCGCUUUUUCAAGGGGCAUGUGUUUACGGCCACUCUGCACUAAGCCACAAGUAUACGAAGCCAAAGGCAUGUUCCACGCUGCAUUUGGCACAGUGGGCAGGUGGCCAAACACUGUUCUGGUAGGUGCGUAUUAACAGAGACAAGAUGUGUAAUGAAUGCAUAUUUAUUCCCCCCCCCCCCUUUAAAAUCAACAUCUGAUUGUGCCUUAUAUCUAUGUUAGCUUCUGGAACAAUCCUACGUUGCCACCAGUCCCGUGGCUGGAAUAGGAGGCGGGUGCAUGUAUGGGCUUGUGGGAUACACAAUCAAGAUGACAGGUGCUGUUGUCCUUUUACAAGUUUGGAUUCUGGGCCAAGAGGGUUAUAUGGUACUUGCAGAAACCUGGCUGUGGCUUUGGCCUAGCCUUUCCCCUUGACAUGCUAGUUUUCUGCAUGCAGGGAGCUUUCCUGAAGGAGAGCAUUCCAACCACAGUAGGACAUGAAGACUCUGCGCCACAUGGUUCACCUGUUGCGUUCAGAUCUGCCUUGGCAAUCUUUGCCGUGAGGUGGGUUGGCCCUCCGAGAAUGGCUGCCAAAACAGAGACAAUCGGCUCUUGCUUCAUUCAGGAUGAGAAACCCCAAUAAAGGACCAUUUAAAGAGCUCACCCAUCCACUUUUCCGCUGCCAGACUCUGGUCUUGUCCUUACAUUUCAGCUGUUUUGAGCCAUGUCUGAGCUUCCCAGAGUGAGCUGCGAGUAGCCAGACUCCGCUGUGUCGCCUUUGCCCUCUCCCCUCGUGCCGCAAAUCAUGUUCGCUUGCCUGCUGCUCACUCCCAAGAUGAAGCACGCUUGAUUGUAGGUGGAGCACAUCUGACCCUGUACCUAACGGAGAAGCCGCUUGUUUGUGCCUAUCCCACCUCUUGCCCUGCUUGCUGUGUAGUAAGGCCUCAGCACCGUGCCUUGUCUGACUCUUUGCCAAGGAGAAAGAGUUGCCCCCAUCGUCCUUUCUGCCACCAAGACACUCCGCUUAUAAUAAAAGCCAAGAUUACUGCCUGUGCCCCUCUCUCUCUCUCUCUCUCUCUCUCUCUCUCUCUCUCUGUGUGUGUUUGUUUAGCCCACCCUGGCUGGGCUUUUUCUUCCUCCCUGCCUUCCAAAACUAAAAAUGUUUAGAGCACCUCAAAAUGCGUCCAGAGCCAGAGGCGGAGCUAGCUGCUGUGCACCUGGGGCGGGGCUAAUGUCCCAGGGGGGCACCACCCGCAGCGAGCAUCCGGGGGGGGUGCGGUGAUGUCACCCCCCUCAGGGAUGACACCUGGUGCGGACCGCACCCCCUUCCUCCGCCAGUGUCGAUAGCACCUCAAAACGUGUCCAGCAGUCUCUCUUUCCCAGCCAAUCUUACUGAAAAACUUUUAGUCUGCCUCCCGAAAUGCUUUUGAUUGUUUUUCUUGCUUUUCUCCCUCCCUCUGGCUGGAGGAGGGGGGGAACGAAGGAUGAGUCAUCUCCAACUAUCUCAUAAGAACCUUGUGCCAUUUAUCACUGAUUAACCGAAGAGAAGACGUCCCCCUGGCAACUUUGCCACUGACCUCCAGGAAAUAGUUGCAGUCUUUCUGGCUCCAUUAGCUGCAGAGUGGCACUUCAGUGAGGCAAGUGAACAAUUAAUUGCCCCAGGCAGAGGCAGGGGGUACAUUAGCACCGCUCUGGGCCCCUGCUGCCAUGCCAGGACUGCUAGCUCUGGAAAAGGUGGCCUGGGAGACUUGUCUGCAUUGAAAUUCUGGUUUAAGAUCAGCACAAUUAGUAACGCUGAGCUCGUAACUAAAUUUUGAAAAGGCUUGGAAGUGCAGGUGCUUUCCCAGCAAGCCUGCAGGGACAACUGCUGUGUUGUGGUGGUUAGAGUGUCCAGAGUAGGACCUAGGAGAUCAAAUCUUCACUUGGCCACGAAGCUCAUCUUGGGCCAGUCACUGCCUCUCAGUCUAACCAGGCGGGAUAUAAAUGAAAUGAUAAAUACAUAAAGCUCAGUUUCGUCCCUUAACACAAAAAGUCGCACUCCUGGUUAGCUUUCUUCGUUUGUGCAGCCUAACAAAAAGUCAUUUUGCUGUUGCUGCUGCUGCCGCCGCCAUUAUUAUUGUUAAUUUAAUUCAAUUUGGUUCAUCUGUUUGUAUGCUACGCUUCAAAGAAAAAACUGCCCCAAAGAGGCUCUCAACAUGCCAGAUGGACAACUGCUAUGCCAAUUAAAAAAAAACCAUACUAAAACAGUUAUGAAUGGUGUCAAUACGUAAACCCAUUAAUAAAUCUCAAGUUUUUGCACACAAAAAGGGACCCAUGCUGUUUAGAUACAGAUCACCCUACCAGCAGACCCUGAUCUGCUCACCCCUGCCAUGUUGACUGGGGUGAGAAAUACAUGCAGGCCUCAGCGCAAGACUCUCUUUGUCCAGCUGCCUUUUAAUCCUGCUUUUCCUUCCGCCGCUAACCCUGAGUGUGUCUAUUGUCCAUUGUCUUCCCGGAUCCAGCAGCAGCAGCUGCAAAGGUCAGCGCCAGCCACAUCUGGCCUCCAGCCAUGCUGAUCUUACUCGAUGGAGCUGUGCUCCUCUCAGCGGGAUGAUGCGAUAGUCUGGCCGGAGCUGAGCGUGCGACUGCGUGACUACAGUCCAGCUAUUUAGACGCCAGCUGGAAGGAGCUGCUGGUUUGACAGCAGCCCUGUUGGGAGGAACUUGACAAGUGUGGCUUCGGUCAAGAAUAGCAAGGAACAAAGCGGCUCCUUCGCUUUUUGACUCAGAGCCACAAGCAGCGUGCAUGGGCCCUGCCAUUAGGCAGAUGGGGCAAUUGCCUCAGGCAGCAGAAGCAGCACCCAGCUGUGGGGUGCGAAAAGGCAGCAAAUUCCAUCCAGGCUCUGUGUUCAUCACAAUGACCGCUGUUUCCCUUCCACUGCAGCUCAGUUUCUGCCAAAUCCUACAUCAUUUAUUCCCAUAACCUAUAUUCAUUCCAAUGUAAAGAAAACACCAAAACAAUGUUUUUAAAACCCAUCAUUCGUGGACUUGCCAACAAAGACAAUGACGUGAAUGCAUACCAGUUCAAUUUAAAAAGUUAGUUAAAAGAAACCAAGUCGAGAGGAAUGCUCAAUAAACCUGCAGUCAUCUGGAAGUGACUGCAGUUAGGUAACCUAUGACUAAUAAGACUUUGUGUGGGUGUGUUUAAAUAAUGCUGUUCGCCUCGCACCAUUUCGAAAUGUGGUAGCCUGCUGUGUUUGGGACCCUGCUGCUCAUUCUUCUGAGUGGGGACCUGGGCUUCUCCCUCAAAGACAUGCCCUGGUGCUACCACUGGUGGGCUCUUUUUGGAGAAUAAAUAUUUUUCAAGUC